AUGGAGCAGACAAAUACUCCAUAUGCGAUUGGAAGUGAACGAUUAUCUAAUUCUGCUUGCUGUGUGAUCAAAUGUGGCCAGGGACUUCACCAGGCGGAUGUGGAGGCAACCGCAGGACCAGAGAUGAUCACACUCUUUCGAAAGCUUGCGUAUGUCCUCGACCUCCAUUGGUUGACCCUUGUCACCUUGAUCAAACUCUCUAUAUUACAUUUCUACACCGCCGUCUUCCGCAAGCCUCUCUUUGCAAAAAUAGUAUAUGGGGUUAUGGGCAUCGUGGUUGCCUACUGGAUUGGAACAUUCUGGGCUGAUGCGUUCCUCUGCGAUCCACCAAGAAAAGCUUGGGAUAUCACUACACCCGGUACAUGCGGUAACGCAAACAUGAUGUACACGGCUAUGGCGUCAGCCGAUCUCAUCAUAGAUAUCAUCGUGAUUCUACUUCCGAUGCCUAUUCUAUGGAGAUUACAGCUCAGAACCUCAAGAAAGGUCCUCCUCACAGCUAUUUUUGGACUAGGGCUCAUGUAUGGCAGUCUCCACGCGUGUCAUAAGUACAUCAUAAUGAAACUAACUGCUCAAAGCAUCAUCGCUAUCACUUGUGUUCGGAUCAAAUACAUGCUUGCCCUUGACGCGAACGACAUCACAUAUUCAUUCGCGCCAUUAGCACUCAUUGCGGCCAUAGUCCCUCUACUGGGCAUCAUCAAUGCGUGCUUGCCGACAAUGCGGCCUGCCCUUGAGAAGCUCCUCGGAAUCAAGUUGAGAAUUGGGACCGGUGGGGGCAGUAGCGGACGCCGACGCUGGUACAAGUACUAUUCGCGAGACCAUCGGCAACUUUCUGGGACUGAGGAAAACAACAAUCAAAGAAGGGACUCAGAGACAGAGUUUCCACUCGUCACUAUUGGAGGCACAGUUUACCCGACAAAAUCCAAAGCACGACAAGGUCGAAUACAGGUUACAACGGACUGGGACGUCAGUUCGACUCACUCUGGGCGGGAGGGUGGCAAUGAUGCAAACCGGGACAACUAG